AUGACUAUGGCGAAUAUGUGUGAAUCCAAUUUGUCGACUGCCCACGAGGCGAACCCAGAUGACCAGCCAGCGGAGGACACGCUGGCAGGCGGCCUUCUGCCCAGCAGCCAGUCUCUUGAGAGCGCUGCAGCCUCAGUUGUGGUAACCGAUGGCGGUCUGUCGCUGGCUAAAGCUCAUACCAGAACUGGUGAUUCUGCGAGUUCGCCUCGUAUCCAACCAAAACCGCCAAUCCACGCCUCGACGGCCUCAUCAGCCUCCGCCCUUGUUGCAGCUUCUGAGGUUGCCGUGACGUCAGUUCCUCCGAGAGACCAGCUUCCGGCAAAGGUGAAGCUGAGUCCGGGUGAGGUGAUCGUGAAUCCGGUGAAUGUGUGUUUGGGAAAGCAGGCUACAGGGCCUGGUGGAGCUGAGGCGUCGGGCCGGGUGAAUUCGUUUGUGCGGGAGUGGGUGGAAAAGAGCGGCGAAUCAGCAGCAGUCUGCUGUACCAGAGCCGAGAAGGUGAGCUUUGUCAUACGACAUGGUAGGCUGCAUGUGCUUGCUAUCGGUCCCUGUAUGUAG